AUGUCCGCAGAGUUCCGAAGGAAAGGAGUCAACGUAAUGCUAGGUCCAGUGGUCGGAGCACUUGGAAGAGUAGCCCAAGGCGGCAGGAAUUGGGAAGGCUUCAGUAAUGAUCCAGAUCUUGCUAGUAGUCUCGCGUAUGAUAUGGUCAAGGGCAUUCAGGGUACUGGCGUCAUCGCAUCAGUGAAACAUUUCAUUGCCAAUGAGCAAGAAACAAAUCGCAAUGCUAUGUGA